UCUGUUCCCAUGGGAACUUUGGUUGCAUGUGUGAAAGGAAGUAAUUGGGUCAUUUUAUAGUUUAUAUGAAAUGGAAAUGGACCUCUUGAAAUGAUACAGAGGUUUUAGUGCAUUGACUACGGCUCUAAUUGACUGUUUCCUAAAACAAUAUCCCGACUUCCAUCUCAGGGAAGAGAAUAAGAGAGGAAACCUGAGAAAAGAGUGUGUGAAAAGCUCUCUGAUGGCUCCGCCUCCUUUGCCCAAACAAGGGCAGGACAGUUCCUAUGAUAUCACCAGCAAGUGGGGCAAUGCUGUUUCACAAAACAUUCACCUUUCACUGCGCUCAUGACAAGGUUGGAAUGUAAUUGUUAAUGCAGGUAACCGUUCAUUGAUGCUUUGAGCAGAGUAACUUCAAAAACAUGUUAGGCAUGGACCUACCUGGACUCCUUCCCAGCUAGAUGGUGAGUUUGAAAAGAGUUGGAAAUGAAUGCAAAUAGGCUGACAGAAUUCAUUCAUGGAUCUCUUUGGAUAUAUUAUAGUGUCUAACUGCUGUUAAAGUGCAUGGUGAGGAAAUUAGAUUAUGAAAUAAUGAAGGAAAUAUGCUGCAAACUCAGUGUCUGGCACUUGUUUCGCAAAGUACAUGGUUCUUUCGACAGAGACUCCCGCAGAGCUAGAUUAGUGUAAACAUUCACCAGCAUCAUAGAGUUUUCUUCAAGAGCACUUGUUGGCACAGAUUCAUCUGUUUUGAUGUGCUUGUAGACUUUUUGCCAGGUGGGAACUUAUUACUGUUGACGUGCCAAGCUGCCCGUGAGCUGUUUCCAUUCUGUGAUCAUGCAAGCAUGAAAUGUUCAGUAACAACUGUGAGAGAAAAUCACUAAAGCAUUCAGACACUGUUCCUUUUCUCAUAAUGGUCAUGCUUGCUCCUGUUCUCUUCACAAUUGUAGAGCAGAGUUUUUCAUUCACUUUCAAGAAGGCGAUAUGAUGGGUGUGUGUAUAUAUCACACACACAUAAGAAAAUACCCCAUGGUUGACACUAUCUUUCCUCUCUCUUUUUUAGUUUCAUAUUAACUUUAAUGAAAGGGACUUUACAAUUUGACCUUUAUUUUUUAUAUGAAUCAGUCCAUUUUAAGCUCUUUCUCUUUGAUUUCACCAGACUCAAGAGACUGUUGGAGCAAGAGAAGGCAUAUCAGGCUCGCAAGGACAAGGAUCACAGCAAACGUCUUGAGAAAGUUCGGGAGGAGCUGGUAAAGUUGAAAUCAUUUGCCCUGAUGCUGGUGGAUGAAAGGCAGCUUCACAUUGAACAGAUUGACCAGGAAAGACAGAAGGUCCUGGAUCUCAGUAAGAAGCUACACGAACGAGAGCAGCAGUUGGAGCUCAUCAACAGCAAAGCUAAAGAAGACAGUCAGAGGAUCCAAAGGCUGGAGCUCGACCUAGAACAAAAGACCUCCAAAUCUUCACAGGAACAUGAGGAGAUGACCGCCAACCUGGCCAAGCAGGAGUCUGAAAGUCGACAGCUGCGUCUGAAGCUGGCCAGCAUGUCACGCAGGAUUGAGGAGCUGGAGGAGGCCAAUCGUACGCUGCAGAAGUCUGAAGAGGUCCUUCAGGAUCUGCGGGACAAAAUAAGCAGAGGGGAGUGCGGGAACUCGAGCCUCAUGGCUGAGCUGGAGAACCUUCGGAAGAGAGUUCUAGAAAUGGAGGGCAAGGAUGAGGAAAUCACGAAAACAGAAGCGCAGUGCAAGGAGCUAAAGAGGAGGCUCCAAGAUGAGGAGAAUCACAGCCGUGAGCUGAAACUAGAGGUUGAAAAACUGCAAAAGAGGAUGGUGGACCUGGAGAAACUGGAGGGAGCUUUCAAUGUGAGCAAAUCUGAAUGUGCCCAGCUUCACAACAAUCUGGAGAAAGAAAGAACCUUGACAAAGAGCUUGAUAUGUGAGCUGGAAACAGUUAAAAACCAUAUCAAAGAACUUGAGUGCUCAGAAUCAAGGCUGGAAAAGGCUGAGAUGGGUUUAAAGGAUGACUUGACCAAACUAAAGUCAUUCACGGUGAUCCUAAUGGACGAGAGGAAGAACAUGGCAGAACGAAUCAAACAGGAAGAGCAGAAAAGCGAGGAGACUAACGAACUGUUUAAAGCUGAGCAAUGCAAAGUCAUGGAGGUCACAGAAAAGCUGAUUGAGGAAAGUAAGAAGCUUCUUAAACUGAAGUCCGAAAUGGAGAUGAAAGUGUCUGGUCUUACCAAGGAGAAAGAUGACCUGAAAUCUAAACUUGCAAGUGAAGAAGAGAAAAUAAAGGAUUACAGUAUAAAGUUAUGCCAGAUGCAAACUAAAUUGGACAAGCAAGAGGAAGCUAAGUGGGAAUCUCCAAGAAACAGAGAUAAUGUAGAAGUUGGGUAUCCCAAUGAGGACAACAAGGUUAAAGAGCUCACAAUGGAAAUUGAGAGACUCAGGAACCGACUUAAACAGCUUGAGGUUGUGGAGGGUGAUUUGUUGAAGACAGAGGAUGAGUAUGACAUGCUUGAGAAGAAGUUCAGAACCGAGCAAGACAAAGCCAAUGCCCUUUCCCAGCUCCUGGAGGAAAUGAAGACACAGAUCACCAAGAACAAAGCCAUAGAAAAAGGAGAGUUGGUAAGCCAAGAAGCUGAGCUGAGACUACGCUGCAAGAUGGAGGAGUCCAAAACCAGAAAUCUCCAGGCUGAUGUCCAAGCUCUAAAGGAGAAGAUUCAUGAGCUCAUGAACAAGGAGGAUCAACUAUCUCAGCUUCAGGUGGACUACACGGUUCUCCAGCAGCGGUUCAUCGAAGAGGAGGAUAAAAAGAAAAACAUGAGUCAAGAAGUUAUCAAACUAACCAAAGAGUUAGAAGCUACGAAGCGUUACAGCCGUGCACUUAGACCCAGCAUGAAUGGAAGGAGGAUUGUGGACGUUCCUCUCACUUCCACUGCAGUACAGACCGAGGCAGACAUGAACGAACACAUCGAAGACGAGACUGCGGCUGUGUUCAUCCAGAAGUCUGUUCUAGAGGAAAAUCAGGUCAUGAGUAAACUGAGGCAGAAAGGUCUCAAGAAGCCGACCGUGUUGGACCGUUACCCGCCGGCGGCUGCAGAGUUGGGGACGAGGAAGUCUUGGAACCCUUGGAUGAAGAAGAAAGAAGCGGUUACUAUCUCUCAGGGAGUUCCAUCAACCAAGGAGGUCAAUGGAACAACAUCACGGACAUCACCAGAACUAACCAUGUCUCAGAAACCCGGUCAGCCCCUUCAUAUUAAAGUGACUCCAGACCAUCAGAGCAGCACUGCCAAGUUGGAGAUCACCGGUCCAUGUGCUGACGACUUCUUCUCCAGUACCACCAUCAUCCCAACUCUUGGCCUUCAGAAACCACGCAUCACAAUUGUUCCUACUUCUAUGCUGCCAAAGUCAAAAACCAAUGAAGGGCCAGCUGAACGGACAAAGUCUCCAGUCACUAUAACAGCCAUCUCCAGAGCUAAAUCUCCAGAGAAGGGUAAGGGCUCUUACUCGGAGCAUCCUGCUUCUCCUCUGUCCAUCAUAACCAUUAGCGCAACUCCAGUCUCCCAGACAUCCAUCUCCCCAGAACCCCAUGAGAUGACCAUGGGCAGGGCCGUGUUCAAGUUGACCCCUGAAAAGCAGACCGUCCCAACGCCCAUCCGGAAAUACAACUCCAAUAUUAUAACCACAGAGGACAACAAGAUCCACAUCCACCUGGGGUCACCAGGGUUCAAGAAACCUCAGGAUGACAGAAGUGGCUUGGUUACAGUUUGGCCUAAUGGAGUAAGUUCAGACAGCAGAGAGAUGCCAACGGGGACAGUUCUGCGCUCUCCCAGACAGACUUCAGCUAAUGUCGGAAACAUGAUCCAAGGCAAGAUGACCAGCAGCAUCACAAUAACUCCCAUCACCUCGGCCCCAUCCAGGUCUACUCAAUCUGUGUUGCUUCUGAAAUGUUUCAAAAUGAUAUCAGGGGGUGUCUGCUCCCUUGAUAGCUCUCUUUCAAGCAUGGAACGGAUGGGCAGUCAUCUCGCUCCACAGCAACACGAAUCCCCAUGUCAAAAGAGAACGUUUUGCUCCAAGUGAAUCGAGAGCCACGCUGAGGCUGUUUCAAAUCUGGUCCUUAACACUGUAUGCCUGCCUGAGAGGUCUACAACCGCCCUGCAUACACAUACCAACAGAACGAGGGGCGAACCUGUCAAAGCCGGGUCAAGCAGAUGGAUCUGUAGUUAUGCACCAUAUAUGCAUACAGAUUAUAGCAGUGAUUCAAGACCAGGAGACAGUCAGACGGCAGAUUGAUGAACCCUGGAUGCCAGAGAGUAAAGAAAGAGAUGAAAAUUGUAGAACAUGAAAAGUUACAGCAUGUGAGAAGAAGAGAAAACUAGGAUGUUUUUUACACGUACUUUGAGAAAAUCAAAAUUCACCCCAAUUACUUUCAUUGUGUUCAGAUGAAUUUUAUUUAUCCCUAAAAAAAAAAAAAGAAUUUCCCAAAGAAUUUCGAUAAUUUUGAACUUUCUUAGGAUCCUCUAAAAACAUUUUUAGCACCUUGUUACACAAGUUCAGCAAAAAAAUUGCUUAUAAAUUUAUUUUGCUAUAUCAUAACCAAAUAUUUCUUAACUUGAUUCAGUCUUUAUUAACUUGUUUUCUUUCAAUUAGAACAGGUUUUGUGUUUGUUUUUGUAACUUACUGCUCAUAGGCUUCAUUAAUCUGGCCUCAUGCACCUGAGUAAAGUUUUUGUGUAAACACUGACAAAAUGAUCCACAUAGAAUUCCUUUUUCAAUUAAAAAUGAGCUCAAAUCAUGUGAGGCCUAUGAUCAAUCAAUCAGUUCCAAAAAGAAAUACAAAACCUGUUCUAACUGAAAGACCAAAGCUGACCGAAAGACUGAAUCUGAGAUUCUGUGAUAAUAUAAAAUAAUAAUAAUAAUUUUGUUUUGGACCAGGAACACCAAAUUAGAGAUUUUCAGCACAGCACAAGGGGUAAUAGCUUACACGUCCUAUUGCAAACGAUUUGUAAGUUUGCCGUUCGUAAUUUUUUUUUCUUGUUAAAUAUUCUGUCUCUCCUGGAAAUGUGUUGCAUUAUGCAUAAACUGGAUUGUGUAAGCAAGUUCAUGUUGUUUUUAAGUGCUGGUCUAACAUUAUACUGUUUGCUUUGGAAAUGACUGUUAAAGUGUCAUACUGCUGAGAACGGUUUAUUGAUCAUUAUUUAUCAGUCUGCUAUAAUUUAAUGGUGGCUCUGAUGUGUUAAAAGAAUGAGAGAUGGUCAGUUGGGGAAAAGGUGCAUGAUAUACUGUAUGUUUAGUUAAGAAUAAAAGUACUCAUCACCACACAGAACUGUAAUCACAGAGUCCUUAUAAUAAACAACUGUAUUUCAUUUCAUUUAUAUCCUAUGACCUCUGUGAAUGCAGUAUAUGAGCUCACUGAACUGAAGUGUGUGUCUCUCAAGAAAUUCACCCAAUAAACACGUUUAUGAA